AAAUCUACCUCAGCAGAACAAAAAUCCACCGCAUCGGACCAAAAAACUAACUCAUCAGAACAGAAAACUACCUCUUUUGCUUCAAAAACUUUCUCCAAAAUCAAUAACGGAAAAAAUAGUUACAACUUGACAAAUAAAACAUGGCCAACACCUGCAAAUUAUAAAGGUCACUUCACAAAUGGCAAAGUUUUGUGUGAAUAUCUUGCUGAGCUGCUAAAUAUCAAAUUAACAAAUUACGCUUUUGGCGGCGCUACCUCAAAACAACAAAUUGAAAAGUUUGUUAAUGAUAAUGCUAGAUCCACAAUGAGACAAAAAGAUUUUAGUAAAACUUUGUUUUCUGUGUGGGCCUCAGGAAACGAUUAUUUUUUCUGCCCCGAUAUGUCUGCAGACCCACUUGAAGUAGUCAAAUCUUUAAUGGACGCGAUCCGAUUUCUU